UUUAUGCGUUCGUGUAUACUACUCCAUCUAUAUAUUUGUUUACUUUAAAAAAUAAUCAAGCUCAUACUUCUCACUCGAUUUGUUCUUACCAUAAUAUAAAUAAUGCCGGCAACGUGUGAGCAGACACUGCGCGAUCUGGACUCGAUUAUUCAGCAUUGGAACUCGACCCAUCAGAAAUCAACACAAGCAGCGAGUACCUUGGGCGAUCUCCACAACCAAUCAACCAAAGUCCAAGCCCAAGCCCAAGCCCAAGCCCACAACGAUAGCAACAACAGCAACAACACCAGAAAUGGCAAGAGCAUCCAAAAUCAACACGCCCUUCUCCUCUCCAUGCUCGAAAACCAAAAGCACCAGCUAAUCCAGGACCUUCGCCAACACAUACACCAAUACGCCCAAGCCAUAAAACAACUUGACUCACUAUGUAGCAGCCUCGAGUUUACUAGUAGUAAUGAUGUGCUGGCUGCGGAGAUUGCCGGAAUCAAUGAGGAAUUCGCAGAGGAUUCGGUCAGGAGAUGCAGGCAGGAGUAUGCGCGAGAGUACAACGAGAGAAGGGAAGCCUUGGAUCGGCUGGUUUGGGGUGGCGGUGAUGUGGAUGCGUUUGUUGAUCGGUGGACUGUGAGUCGCGUUGAUUUGGGUGCUGAGGAGGAGUAUUUGGAUCGGCUAAGAGUUUUGAGACUGGCUAGACAAUGGCAGGCCAACGAAGAGGCCGAGAAAGCAAUUGCUUUCUGAAAAGAAAUAUUAUUUGUUCCUGUUU